UUUACUUUUAAAUCUCUUUAAAAAUCUCUUCUUCGUUAAUUUUGUCAAAUUUGUCUACAAACUUAUCAUGAGCGUUGAUCUACAGGAUAGAGACCCCAACGAUAUCAAUGGUCAUGUUAAGGUGAGCUUUGAGGAUGUUUUGGCCGAACCAGCAGGGGCUCACAGCAUAGACUGCGUGUGGAAAGCCAGCUACUGUUGUUUUAACUGCGGAAAGAACUGUUGUUACAACAUACUAGCUGCGCUGUGUGGGAUCUUCAUUGCCCUUGGGUGGGGGUGCGAGUUUGCCUGGAUCACUUUUUCCAUGGUCUGGUGCAUCACCCCAUGUCUCCGUCUCUACUCGAUCUCGAUGGGGUGUCUACAGAAGUAUUUUGGUACCUGCGUCACGUGCUUUUUGGCGCCAAUCUGUGAGACUUGUGGAUUGCUUUUCUCUAGAAUCACCGUGUCUAAUGUUAAGUGAAAGACUGGAAUACCCGGGUAUUUCCUCCGAUGUAACUCCAUUCUCUUGACUGCACAUGUACAUGUAUCUCUAAUGUUAUAUCCAAUAAAGCCUUAAAAUGCUGGUGAAUAAAUUUCCACUUUGGUUGAUUGUUUAUUAAAGUAUUUCAAUUGAUUUUGGUCAGUGUUUCUUCAACACAUCAUACA